UUUCAAGUUUUCCCUUACACAUCGUCACAAUGGGUUCUGUUUCAAACAGCGGCACUUUCCUCUUCACUUCCGAGUCUGUCGGCGAGGGUCACCCCGAUAAGAUUGCUGAUCAGGUUUCCGAUGCCAUUCUCGAUGCCUGCCUUGCUGAGGAUCCCCUCUCCAAGGUUGCUUGCGAGACUGCCACCAAGACUGGUAUGAUUAUGGUCUUCGGUGAGAUUACCACCAAGGCCCACCUGGAUUACCAGAAGAUCAUUCGUGGUGCCAUCAAGGACAUCGGUUACGAUGCCUCCGAGAAGGGCUUCGACUACAAGACCUGUAACGUCUUGGUUGCCAUUGAGCAGCAGUCCCCCGAUAUCGCUCAGGGUCUUCACUACGAUGACGCUCUUGAGAAGCUCGGUGCUGGUGACCAGGGUAUCAUGUUCGGCUAUGCCACCGAUGAGACCCCUGAGCUCCUCCCCUUGACUGUCCUCCUCUCCCACAAGCUUAACGCUGCCAUGAAGGCCGCCCGUAAUGAUGGAUCCAUCCCCUGGUUGCUUCCCGAUACCAAGACCCAGGUCACCAUUGAGUACGCCCACGACAACGGUGCCGUCAAGCCUUUGCGCGUCGACACCGUCGUCGUCUCUGCCCAGCACAGCGAUGAUGUCUCCACUGAGGAGCUCCGCUCUGUCAUCAAGGAGAAGAUUGUUCGCAAGGUCAUCCCCGCCGAGCUUCUCGAUGACCGCACCGUCUACCACAUCCAGCCCUCUGGCCGCUUCGUCAUUGGUGGUCCUCAGGGUGAUGCCGGUCUCACUGGCCGUAAGAUCAUCGUCGACACCUACGGUGGUUGGGGUGCUCACGGUGGUGGUGCUUUCUCCGGAAAGGAUUACUCCAAGGUCGAUCGCUCGGCCGCCUACGUUGCGCGCUGGAUCGCCAAGUCUCUGGUUAACGCCAAGCUUGCCCGCCGUGCCCUCGUUCAGCUCUCCUACGCCAUUGGUGUCGCUGAGCCCCUCUCUAUCUUUGUUGAGACCUACGGCACUUCCACCAAGACCUCCGACGAGCUGGUCGAGAUCAUCCGCAACAACUUCGAUCUCCGUCCCGGUGUCAUCGUGAAGGACCUUGAUCUGGCCAAGCCCAUCUACUACCAGACCGCUAAGAACGGCCACUUCACCAACCAGGAGUUCUCCUGGGAGUCACCCCGUGCCCUCAAGUUCUAAGCGGGCUCUGCUUGAUCCGGUGACUCCGGACAACUUUUUGACGACUGUGAUGAUUUGCUUUGUUUUCAACAACUCGAAGCACGAUGAGCAUAGACUAUAAAAAA